UCAAGGCUCAUAUAAAACCAUUGCCAGGAGAAUUCGUGUUUAGUUAUCCGAGAGGUCUUUAGUGCGAUCAUCGAUUUGGUUGGCUUUGUCGAAAUCGGCGGAUAAUUUAGGUUGUUUCCGCAUCCGAUUUCCACAUUUGAGGUGCCAUUAGCUACAUCUUGUUCUAACGAAUUACCGUCCAAAAUGUCGGAUCAAUCCCAGAAUCACGGAUACAACCCUAACAACAGGGGAUCGAAUCCUCGCGGAGGACGCAACCGCGGCGGACGAAAUCGCCCCCAGUACGGAUAUUAUCAUACUGCUCCCGCGGCCCAUUCCCGGGAGAAUCAUCAGUAUCCCGAAUCCUACGAGUAUCAGAACCCCAGCUACGGGAAUCAGCGACAGUAUGGGGAUGCUCGCCAGGAUCCCUUCCCCCAUGCUCCCCACCAUUCCGCCCCGUCCCAGCGUCCACAGGCCGUCCCGUAUCAGGAGGAUUAUCACCAUCAGCCGUACGAUUAUGGAUACGGCGGUGAAUCGUAUUAUGGAAUGGAGUUUCAUCCGCGCGGAUCCCGUGGUGGACGGGGAGGGGGACGGGGUUCGCGACGCGCUGCGCCUCGCAGCAACGGACACGCCACGGCUCAGCAACCUCAGCCGCGACGGCAGUAUCCCCAGGCUGAUGAUAAUUGGCAGCGGAAUAGUGGCCAGCCUCUGGGAGAGAGCGCCAAUAGGGAAAAUCUGCUGCCGGUUGUUUCAAAUCCAGUGCAGCCAGCUAAACCGAAUAAUGAACCGGCUAAAGUGAUUCCAGAAACAGUGCCGUCCACUAGACGCCUUCCGGCCGCUAACCGUGGUAGUAACCGCGGAAGAAAUACGCGGAAUGAUGAUCGCAAUCAGCGCGAGAGAUUGAUUGAUGAUUUAACAAAAGAGCGACUGGAAUGCCAGUUCUGUUAUGAUCGUGUGUGGGCCAAGCAGCAGACCUGGAGUUGUGAUAACUGCUUCAACGUCUUCCAUUUGAAAUGCGUUCGAGGAUGGGCCAACUCGUGCAAACGCGAAUCCGACGACGACACCUGGCGGUGUAUGAUCUGCCAGUCCGUCUUCCAGGAUGAACCGAAAACCUACUGGUGUUUUUGUCGCAAGCACGAGAAUCCCGAGAUGGACCUCGGCCUAACACCGCACUCCUGCGGAGAGACCUGCGCGAAGAACAACACCAAGCCCAACUCCAGCCGCAACUGUCCGCAUCCCUGCACGGAGCUCUGCCACCCCGGUCCGUGUCCGCCCUGCCACAGUCUGGCGACGAAACCGUGCGCCUGCGGUCGCACCACCGUCUCCGAGCUGUGCUCCAUCCAAUCCGUCCACGUCUGCUCCAGUCUCUGCGGGAAAAGGCUCAACUGCGGCCGGCACACCUGUUCCGCCACGUGUCAUCCGGGGGAUUGCGAGAAAUGCUCGGUGAUGGUGGAGAUUCCGUGUUUCUGCGGGAAGGAUAUGCGCAGUGUGCCGUGUAUGGAGGCGGGGCUGGGGGAGUAUGCCAGCGGGGGGUUUGCCUGCGCGGAGGUGUGCGGGCGGCGGUUGGGGUGUGAGAAUCAUGGGUGUCAGCGGCGCUGUCAUGCCGGGGAGUGUGGAGUGUGUCCGCAGGCGCCGGAGGUGGUGACGACGUGUCCGUGUGGGAAGAUGGCGUUGAAGGGGAUGCAGCGGCGCAGUUGUCUGGAGCCGGUGCCGACGUGUGUGGAGGUGUGCGGGAAACGGUUGGAAUGCGGGACGGCGAAGAAUCCGCAUUUCUGCGAGAAAAUGUGUCAUGAAGGCCCGUGUGGAGCGUGCGGGAAGAAGACGGCGGUGACGUGCUUGUGCGGAUCUUCGACACAGGUGGUGCCUUGUGCGGAAUUGACGCCGGAAGUGAAAAUGUGGCAUUGUACCAAGAAGUGCCAGAAGAAAAUGUUAUGUGGUCGGCAUAAAUGCGACAAUAUCUGCUGUAAUUUUGAUGAGCAUGUUUGUUUGCGGACCUGCGGGAAGCGUUUAACAUGCGGGCUGCACAACUGUGAAGAUCCAUGUGGUCACCCGGGAUUUUGUCGUCGAUGCUACAAUACAUCAUUCGAAGAGCGAACCUGCCGCUGUGGUCGCACCGUCCAGCACCCACCCAUUCCCUGCGGCGCUGCGUUGCCGGAUUGCCCCUAUCCGUGUUCGGAGGUGCAUGCGUGUGGGCAUCCACCCACGCAUAACUGUCACGGAGACGAGCAGUGUCCGGCGUGCACGUUCUUGUGCGAAAAGGUGUGCUUUUGUGGCCAUGAGACACGGAAGAAUGUGCCGUGUUUCACUACGGGGAUUUCAUGUGGGAAAGCAUGCGGGAAGCCGUUGGAGUGUGGAGUGCACGCCUGUCGCAAGAUCUGCCAUUCUGGUGAGUGUCAGCCGCCUGGUGAGAAAUGUGCCCAGUUGUGUCCGGUGGUGCGGAAAUGCGGUCAUCCUUGUGGAGCUCCCUGCCACGGGAAAUCUCGCUGCCCGAACACGUCAUGCAAGGCCAAUCUGGCGGUAUCGUGCGAGUGUAAACUGCGCCAGAAGACCAUUGUGUGCUAUCAGCAUGACAAACUGCUGAUGGACUAUCUGCGCCGCAAGCAAGGAGAAACGGGCGCAGUUAAGACCGGAGAUUUGGAGAGCCUGCGCUAUAUGAUGCCAACCGAUAUUUUGGAAUGCGAUGAAGAGUGUCGUCGUGUGGAGCGCAACAAGAACCUGGCGGCCGCCUUGAAAAUCGACGAGCAUGUGGAGGAAUCCAGCGCGCCCUGUCCGCCGGUCUACAGCGAAGACCUGAAAAAAUUUGCCCGUGAACACCAGCGUUUCGCCACCCAACUGGAGCAGAAGCUCAUGUCAUUGGUGGAGACGGUGAAGAAGUGCGCCACCCGCAAGGUCCACAAUUUUGAGCCGAUGAAAUUUGAUCAGCGCAAGUUCGCCCACGAGCUGGCCGGCUUCUACGGAUGCGAGACGAAGAGCUACGACGACGAGCCCAUCCGCAGUAUCAUCGCCGUCGCGCGGCCCGACAGUGUGAUGCUGCCGGUGGUGCCGCUGUACCAGGUGGUGCAGGCGGAGAAGCCGGUUAAGCAGACCGCCAAAUUCCCGGCGUCCGUCUUGAAGGGGGUGGCCGCGGCGCCGGUGCCGGUGGAGAAGGAGAGAUCAUCCGGCUGGCCCACCCAUCUGCCGGUUGUGGAUGCCAAGAAACAGCCGGUUAUUGAUUACUUUGAUUUUGAGCAAUAAAAUUAGAUAGAUAAAUGAUGAAUUUUUUUGAAUGAAAUGAGCAACGAGACGAAUGUUCUUGAGAUUAUGAGUACAGAGUGUGUAAUGCUGGUGAUCCUGCGUUCGGAAUGUGUUCGAUUGACCGAUGUUCUGUUUUGCUUUUUUGAUAGUUUUCUAGUUCGAUAUGUUGGAGCAUUUCUGAUGGGAUUAUUGCUUUAUUUACUUUGAUUUGUGAUCUUUACGUCAGAACCUGGAUUAAACCGAGAAAAAACGAUAAAAGAAA